AUGGUCAGGCUAGCCUCAUUUGCCUGGAUAUCCUUACAACUAUGCAAGAACUUUCAUUUUUCCAGCACAUUCUCGGUUCAACAUCACAGCUACCAUGGAAUCAACACUUUGCUAAUGUCCACAGAAGCUGGCGAAGACGGAGGAGGAAUUGGUGUCGGAAUUGAUCUAGGUACAACCAAUUCCGCCAUAUCCUUCCUGGAUGGUAAUGUUCCCCGAAUGAUCUCGAUUCCAAAUAAUGGUAACACCAUGUCAUCAGUGGUAGCAUACUUUGGUGAGAACGGAGAGGAUCCUGCCCCCCUCGUCGGAAAUGAUGCGGUUGAUUGGGAAUCCACGCAGAAUCGGAGUGCGUAUCGGCACGUGAAACGGAUCAUGGGCACUGGAGCAGACUACGUACCAAAAGAAACGCUAGAUGUCGUGCCGUACUCUAUUGCAAUUCCUAUGAUAGAAGAACCGAAAAAGACUAAGAAAAAGAAGAAGAAACCAUCACUUCAGAAACUCCUUGAGAAUGCGCACGACAACCCUGUUAUGCUUUCUCUGCUGUCAACCACAAAUGCAGAAAGAGUUUCACCUGAAAAGAUUUCUGCCGUCAUCUUGGACAGACUUCUUUCGGAAGCCAGAAACCAAAUAAAUCAGAAGAUCUCGCGAGCUGUUAUCGGAGUUCCAGCUUACUUUAAUGAUGCACAGAGAGAUGCCACAGUGCGAGCAGCAAACCUUGCAGGGAUCGACAAGGUGAAGCUCUUGAGAGAACCAGAAGCAGCUGCACUAGCAUAUGGAGUUGACAAAGGGUCAGAUAACGAAGAAUUGGUUCUGGUAUUCGAUCUCGGUGGAGGUACAUAUGAUGUUAGCAUUCUACUUGUGGAACGCGGCCUCACUGAAAUUGUUUGCACUUCUGGAGAUUCGCAACUCGGUGGUAGUAACUUCGAUGCGAGGAUCGCAAAUUUCUUGAAGGGUUUGCUGGUAGGCUGUGGCCGCUCCGAAACAGCAUCCGAUUCCAUCCUUCGAACAGCUGAAGCCAUUCGGAUAUAUCUGAGUAACAAUCGAUCUGUCAAGCUAGCACUGCCCUUGACGGAUCGUGAUUGGUCUUCACAAAAUAGUGCCGGUGAUGUCAUUCUACCGUAUGCAAUAGACGAUUUUGAAAGUCGAUCAAAAAAUUCGACUCACUUCUUCUACGAAAUGACACGCAAAGAAAUGGAGUCUUUGUGUCUUGCUGAGCUGAAGAUGCUCCUUCGUCCCAUUCGCGAAGUAGCCAUUAUGGCAGGCGCCCUACUACCUGGAGAUACGCGGCCAUCGAUUGUUGAAUCGGCCCUGGAGAUUGACGGAGCGUUUUCAGGCGAGGAGGCUUUCUACAAAGAGAAUGACGAAUUGGACGACUCCAGUGAAGCUGCCCUCGAUGAUGCUGUUCCGGAAUUGGACCUCACUGCGGCGAAGAAGCAACAACAGCGUGGUCGUAAAAAGGCGAGACAAACAGCCAAGAAAGAGCGCAAAUUUCGAGAAGAAACAAAAAAGGCCAAUGAAGUUCAGCCCGAUGCAAAGAUCCGAGGCGAUGGUAUUUCGGGAAGACCUAUUACAAGACUUGUUCUCGUUGGGGGUGCAACUCGUAUGCCAGCUAUCGGUCGUUUGCUGACAGCCUUGACAGGAUGUCCGCCUGUCAAGACUGUUGACCCCGACGAAGCUGUUGCCCUGGGAUGCGCUGUCCAUGUAGGCGUGCUCGACGGAAAUGAAGAAAUGGGUACUGUCUUGAAUCCAAUGCAGGCAGCGCUAUUACGAGCAGUUAUUGAGAAAGAGAAGCGAGAAGGUGGUUUGGACGACAUGUUUGGCGAUGAGGAUGAAUUUGAAUUUGGGGAAUCAGAAGACUUUACCUUUUAG